AUGGCCAGGCCGAGCGCGGAGCCGCCACUUCCGGUCGGCGCCCACGUGACCGUCGCUCACGUGACCCGCGCCGGAGCCAUGGCGGCGUGGCUGGGCCGCCUGCUGCUGCUGCUGUGCGGGCUGGCGGCGCGCGCUCCCUCGCCCGCAGGUGCUGCCAAGAUGAAGGUGGUGGAAGAGCCCAACACGUUGGGGCUCAACAACCCGUUCCUUCCCCAGACCAGUCGCCUGCGGCCCAAAAGGGAUCCGUCCCCGGUGUCUGGGCCUGCCCACCUCUUCAAGCUCUCAGGCCAGUGCUUCAGCCUGGUGGAAUCGACGUACAAGUACGAGUUCUGCCCGUUCCACAACGUGACCCAGCAUGAGCAGACCUUCCGCUGGAACGCCUACAGCGGGAUCCUGGGUAUCUGGCAGGAGUGGGAGAUCAGCAACAACACAUUCACCGGCAUGUGGAUGCGGGAUGGGGACGCCUGCCACUCCCGGAGCAGGCAGAGCAAGGUGGAGCUGACCUGUGGGAAGCGCAGCCGCCUGGCUCACGUGUCGGAGCCGAGCACCUGUGUAUAUGCGCUGACCUUUGAGACGCCACUAGUCUGCCACCCCCACUCCCUAUUAGUGUACCCUGUGCUGCCCCCGGCUCUGCAGCUGAGAUGGGACCAAGCAGAGCAAGAUCUGGCCGAUGAGCUGAUUACAUCCCAGGGCCACGGGAAGCUGCUGAAGGCGAUUUUUGAGGACGCGGGUUUCUUAAAGGCCCCGGAGGAAAGGAGGCCUGUGGAGCAGGGAGGGGAUGCUCGGGGGCUGGUGUUUGACACCUUGGAGAAGUGCAGUCAGGCGUACACACAGCUGUGGGAGGAGAAGCGGAGGCUGGAGGGGCUGCUGGUGCAGCACACCAUCCCCUACCUGAGGCUGGCAGGAACUUCCAGCACCAGAACACCCACGCGCAGGGCAGCAGAAGGCGACCAGCUGCGAGGCGACCCCGGGCUGCCAGGGACUAGCUUGUGACGGGGCUGGCUGGGCCGCCUACUGGCAGCUACAGACACAGGUGAAGA